AAUAGAACAAGUAGCCUGGAUAAAUUAUAAAUAGAAUACUUUUUAAAGUGAUAGAAUAAGUCAAGAAAUAUAAUAUACUUAUUUGUUGAUUAGUAUUGGUAUUAAUAAUAAUUUAGGUAGCUAUUUUUUCUAAAUCAGUUUUUUUUGUCUUCACAGUGGUUAUUUUUUUCUUAAAAAUUUACAUGCUAAAAACAUGAUCUCAUAUGAUAUCCUGCCUCAUCUGCACUGUGACGUCAUAUGUCCGGUCCCUAGAGUUAUGACUUUAAAGCUCAUUAGUAAUUCCACUUUCCCAUUCCAAAUUACAAGUAAAAUCUCAAAUCGUUAUUGAUGAGAAGGAAAGCCUACCCAAUUUGUUUUAGGUAGUUAUAAACAUAAUUUUUAUAGUUGGUAUUUUUGGGUUUUCCUGUUGACAAGUUCCAAAAAAUAAUUUUAUUGCAAUUUUAUGGAGCCAUUUCACAGGGGAAAAGCAAUAAAAUUAUUUUCUUAUUUGCGUUAAUUUAACUCAAAUGUGUUAAAUCAAAUAAACGUAACAUAUCUGCAGCAAUCCCUAAACAAAAUCUUCGGAACUUUGAAACUUGGCCAUCAAGGUCGCGUGCAACGCACGUCGCGCCGGCUUGCUGCGACCGGAGCACCGCCGCAGGACGGUACACACGCCGACACUUAGGCUAUUCUAGCGAUUAAACUAAUUGUGCUAGACUCUUUAUAGUUAAAUUGCCUUAAAAGCUUAAUGAAUAAGCAAGAACUUUUAUACAGAUGAUUUUGACGUUGUUCCCUUGUUCUGUAUGUAAAUCAUAAUUUUAUUUAAAUGACUGGUUUAAACAAUCAUUAACGUUCUCUAUUUUGUUUUAUCUUUAGUAUUCAACAUAGAAGUAUUUGUUCACGUGGGUGUUUCGAAUAGCGUUUCUAGAUUAUUGUGAUGCCUAUAUGGAGAGUACGUUAAAAACUGUGUAAAUGGAAAGCAUGUUGACGGACUGCUGUAAGUCACUGUCAUCUAGGAAUUAACUGCACGUUUUUGGUGAUACACACUAGGUAUCCAGCGGUCAACUUUCGGUAUGUUAUUAAGCACAAGCUGAAGAACCCGGCGUUACCCGGGCUAAAGCACCCUUGGGAGUUGAAUUUAUGAAAACUUCAUUCUCACAUGAUUGUGUAAUAUAAGGAUCAUCAUUUCCGAGUUUCAAGUCUGUGGGAUAUAUACUUGAUAAACAUAAAAUUUAAAUCUAUUAACACCACCGUAAUAUGUUAUAGAAAUUUGUGAAACUUUCAACACUCACACAUUUUCUCGUGGUAGGCGUGAUGCAACGGUUUCGUCAGAUAAUAGUUAUUUUAAGGAAUCCACAGGCUCUUCCAACGUGGGAAUGGCUACCUUGCCCCCGAGCGACACACUGCGAUGCUACCAAAUACCUACGGGUAAAUUUUUUUAUCCCACGAACCUUUUUAUAGCUCAAACAUUUUUUAUUUCUCUCUGGACCCAAUUAUGAAGUCCACACAGACGAAGUCGCGGACAGAAGCUGGUAUCUUAAUAAUUUUAAAAUUAUUAUUAUUUUUUAGUUUGUUUUGUUGUUAAAGCGUGUUUUUUUUUUGUUUUUGAAAUUAUAAUUUAGUUCUGUAACUAAAUAUAUAAAAUAAAAAACUUGCAACGUGCGCUUCGGCAUUCAGAGGCCCACCGGCUCCUCCCCUUCCCUCGUUCCCCUUAAAGCCCCCUCCCGCACUCCCUUGUGACGUCCGCGUGACGUAGGCGCCUCCUUCCAAGCCUACUGAAUGCGACACUAGCGCCAUCUGGAUUUUUAUAUAUAGGGGUGUAAUUAUUUUGCUCGUUCUGUUCUGUUCCGGGAGCGAUCGCCGUGAGGGGUGCUUCGGCGUCGCGCCAUGUUACGCAUGGCUACGAGGUGUUCUCUGGUCGGUGUCUUACAUUUUUUUUUUUGAUAAUUAUGUAAUUUGCCUUCUGCGUCAUGUUUGGUUUGCCUCCUUUUUGGCCUCAUAAAGUAAUGUUUGCUGGACACCGAAUUUGUUUCGUAAUUCCUGGUUUGCAUUGCCAGUGUGUUUCACCUUGUGCAUUUCUUUGAAUUUGUUUCUUUCUUUCGACCCAUUUUCCGUCGGGGCGUUUGUCGUUUUUCUCCGCCGCACCUCUCACGUCCGGACAGACAGCAUUCUACCUGCUAUUACCAUGAUUUAAAUAACGUUAGCACAUAACAUUUGUAUACUGGCUAUUUGUAUUGCUCAUCAGUACCUGUUUACGUAAUUCUUUCUUUCGUAAUUCUUGUUAUAUGUUGCCCCUCUAUUUCAUAUGGGGCUUGAUUUAAAGAAUAAUAAAAUUGUGUAUUUUUGUAUAUCUGAUAUUUACGCUUAUUUCUUUAGGGGUUACACAACACGUCUGGCACUCUGCCUGUCCCUUUACAAGGGCCAUAGUUUUUUUUUUAUGUUUCUUAUUGUUAACGUCAUUGAGGUAAAGUGAGGUGGAUUUCCCCUUCCCCUUCACGAUACUUCAAACUGGAAAGGAUACCUAACAAAAAUAUUUAAACAAAACAAACUUUUCCUUAAAGGUUAAAAAAAGAAUGAAAAGAAUUAUGAAGAAAUAUGAAAAGUGAAAAAGUAGAAUAAGAAGUAAAAUAACUAAUAUUAAAAAUAAUAAAAGACAAACUAUCGCUUAUCAUCAGGAUAAAACAAAAAAAAAACUAAUUUUACCGGUUAAACAUACACUAUCCGUAGAAUAAGGUACCUAUAUAUUGUCCUUUAUCGAUAUGAAAAAAAAAAUUAUAGAUGUUGAUAGGAUGCUGUUUUUUAGAGUAUUUUUUCAAUUUUUUAAAUCUAAUUAAAAUAUUACAAUCUAACGCUUCUAAUUUUUAGUUAUACUAAAAAAUUUGAACAUAAAUUAUAUUUUAAAUAACUGAAACACGCUUUAACAGCAAACCAAACUGAAAACUCGUAACUGAUAUUGUAAAUAAGUGAGGUACUUUUUACUUUAAUUUACACUAACUCUAUUUUUACAAGUAGUUACCAAUGAAAUAUGCACAACAAUUGAUAUCAAGCACAAUUUAUAUCGCUAAGCGGACGAGUCUCGUCAAUAAGUAGCCUAUAGGAAGUUGCCAGAUCUAUGGGGGCCAUAGAGAAAUGACACAAACCCACCGAUAAAUCAACCAGACGGCUAGUUUUGUUUUCUGUUAUAGUGUUUAUAUAUAUUUUAUAUACGCAUUUAUAAUAUUAGCUAGAGCAAAUUAUAAAACGGUAAAUUAAAAAAAUAACAGGGCCAUAUACUGUUGUGUUGGUGUACUAAGAUGUGAUGGUCUUGCAACUGAAUGUAAACAAUCGAAAACGUCUCUGAGCAUUAUUAAAAAUCAACUUAUAUUUUAAAAAAAUUAAGAGAACCGAUUUUGAUGUAAUGAAGUUUAUGUGAUGCCCCAGAUUACCCUCAAGUUAACUUUGAAAACCACAUUGAUGAUAAAAUACAAAAUGGGUAAUGACAAUUGUAAAGUACAAAAUGGGUAGUUACAAUUGAACCACACCUGUCGACGACAAACGGUCAAUAAAUAGCUUUAAGUAUUCUAACUCUCUACCUAGUUCCUUAUAAAGCGAUAAUUCAAAACAGUCAUCUACUGGUGUAUUGGUGUACUACGAUGCAGAGGUAUAAUUUUUCUUACUCUCUACUCAGUUCCUUGCAAUAGCAAAACGUAAUGGCUUCACGGCUAUUGCUCGGCGGACAUAGAGGAAUGACACUAACAGUUUGUAUAUCUAUGACACACAUGACAUAAAAUUAAGAUAUAUUUUUUUCACCCACUUCAAAAUUAUUUUUUGAGACAAAAGAUAGCCUGUGUCCUUCCCAGGAUAUAAUCUAUCUCCUUACCAAAUUUCAUUACGAUUCGUUAAGCCGUUUAGCCUGGAAAAGGUAACAAAAAAACAAACAGGCAGAGUUACUUUUGCAUUUAUAUUAUUAGUAAGGAUAGUUGACUCUACCACUCUGCGAAAAUUCAGCUUUGGAAAAAUUUUCGACAGGUUCGUGUCUCGUCUGGUCUUCGUUUCCUGGACUACUAGCUCACCGGGUGUUGCCGAGCUCGUCUGACGUCACUAAUGUACCGUUAUUUGCGCGUGGCACACCUCAUGGAAGGAACGAACAUAAAUAGACAGUCUAAAAGACUACCGCUGUGUCCAAGUGGAAAGGCCAUUCAAAAACAAGUCUUCCACCCUGCGCGCCGGGUAAGCUGUCCCCUAUAGUACCACAACAGUCCUUCCUGGGUAGGUUUUUUUUUUUUUUUUUUUCCCAUCCUCAGACUGCCCUUCAAGAGAGCUAGAGAGCCAACACCUGCACGGGAAACAAAGGUUUCAACUUGUGAAAAAUUUGUCAAUGCUGAAUUUUUGCACAGUUAUAGAGUCAACUGUGCUAAAUAACCAAUUUACUUCUGCAGAUCUUGUACGUAUCACUGAAAAUAUGCAGUUAGGCCCUACAUGACAGCGACUUACAGCAGUCCAUCAAAAUGCUUUCCAUAAAUGCAUUUUUUUAACGUACGUAGAUUCUCCAUAAAUGCAUCGCAGUAAUCUAGAAACGGUAUUACACACAUUAUUAUUAUUCAAAAAUGCCCAUAAAAAUUGGAGACGAAGGUCUGAUAAUGUAGCCGGUAGGUGGAUAGUGUAACUCUUCAACUUUUUUUUUAUUUCUUGGAACAUGAUAUUAAUAUUUGGCAUUCCGCGUGUUUAAAUGCAUUAAAAAAUCAAUGCAUUUGUUAUUCCAAUUUUUUUGAGUAACACCAAGCUACAUACGAGUUAAUUACAUAUUAGGUUAGAAGAAAAUUAGUAAAAUCAUUCUUAAAUGCGCAGAGAAUAAAUAGAUUUUUUAAAAGGUUUGUAAAUAAUAUUUUAACCUCCGACACAAAUAUAGGAGUGUUAGAAGUUUGAAGCAUGUCUGCCGAGUUGGCAUAAGGCAUAAUGUGAGGACUUGCGCGUGAUUUCUCACCAGGCUUCCGAGGACCAGAUGUGGAUCCGAGGACCUGACCCAGGUCCUCGGAUUGAAAAAACCUUAUUUUCUCGUAUAUCCUGUCCUUUAAUGCCUUCUUGCAAAUUUUCAACGAAAUCUGGCCGAGUCCUUGGUUACACCGUAGAGCGACAAAUUCAUAGUUCAGCGUUUUACCGAUAGGAAGUACUGUAGUCGAAAUUAUUAAUACACCGAGUGUCCGUUUAUACGCUAGUAGACACAAUUCGAGGACCUGGUUACACACUUCUCUGAACACACAGUUUGCCUACAGCCGCUGUAACCGAGGACGUAAAUAUUUCUGCAUACCUUCAGCUUCUAAAACACUCUAGUAUUAAUCCUGCAAACCUACGACCUUGAAUUUUUUAACUGUAAGCGAGGACUUGUUUGUUUAAUGUGUUACCAUGAUAUUAAUACAUCCAUAUGAACUGCGGAAAUGGAAUGUCCGAUUAUUUUUGUCUUCUUAUGGGAAUAUAAUUACGAGUAUUAAAGCCCACAGAACAUAUUUUCUGUGCGUUGAAUAAGCCCUUCUUUGUGAUUUUUUUUUCUUCAAAUUGUUUCUAAUUACUUAUAUUUUGGUGUGAAAAUUUCCAAUUUUUCGACUGUUCCUGAGAUUAAAUUCGUAAAAUCGAUGUUACGUAAAAUGCGGGGUUCGCUAAUCUGGGUUCUAGUGCAAUUAGAACUGCGCAAACCUGCGAAACCUUUGCCGCACGCCACACGCUGUUACAAGUGUAUUUUUUGACCAAUAAUAUGCUUGUAUUUGUGUUCCAGAUAGUGUGAGAGAAAGCUUAUGUGAACUGGACAAUUUGCAUGAUGCAUCAGUCAGAAAAUGUGUUGAAACAAACAACUCUGACCCAGUAUUUUUCAAAAAAAGUUCUCGCUUUUACUCCUGGAACCAGGCGAAAUAUAUUUUGAAGAUUUCAGUGCCUACCUGUGCACUGCAGACUCAGCAGAAUGUGAUCUCGAGAAAAACAAAAUAAUGGGAAGGCUUAAAAUGUGUUCAAAAUCAGUUGUAUUUGAUCCAAAAGAUAUUAUGAAGCCAAUUGUUAAAAUAUCUCUUAAGGAUUGUUCUGAGAUAUCAGAUGCUUCUACGCUUUCGAAACUUACCAAUGCACUGAGCAUAGAAUGUAAUCAGCAUGUUGAAAUGCUUGAAGGAAAUGUCUUAGCACCAUACAGAUUCAAAGGAGUGAAACAGCGGUUUUUGUUCUUGUUGAACUAUGCUCAGGUUAAAGACUGCUUGCCACAGAUAUGCCAGCUACAUCGAGCUUCGUCGUUGCCAGCAGCUGAGCAGAAUAGCAUGAUAGCUGCCAUUGUUCAUUCUAGGCAGUCACGUGUCAGCUUUGACACACUCUGGUUGGAAGACCUGUACGAAACUGUGAUAAUGGAAACCCAAGCCAAUAAGAUCACAGCUCUGGUCGUGAACCCAGGACGUAUUCUGUUGACUUCCUCUCGCCUGUAUUUCCAACCUUACAACAAUAUAGAGCCUUAUCCUGUACUCAAAAUAUAUCUACAAGAAAUUAAGAGGAUUAUAAAAAGAAGAUUUCUCCUGAGACAAGUGGGGUUGGAAGUGUAUUGCUCUGGUAGCAGCAACGUGAACCACCUGUUCUUAGCUUUCAAAUCACCAGAGGAUCGGAAUGCAUUGUUCGAAGGCCUGGUAUCCCAGCCAAAAGUGUGCCUCGACAAAAUGGACCAAGAGAUGAUGACACUUCAGUGGCAGAAUGGCGUGAUUUCGAAUUAUGAUUACCUUUUGUACCUAAAUAGCCUUGCAGAUAGGACAUUCAAUGACUUGACUCAGUACCCAGUAUUUCCGUGGGUCGUCUCGGACUUCUCGGCAUACAAGUUGGAUCUUGACAACCCUAAAAUGUUUCGGGACCUCAAGAAACCAAUUGGUGCUUUGAAUGAAGUUCGUUUAAAGCGUCUUAAAGAGCGCUAUGAAGAAAUGUCCCCUCCGAAGUUUCUGUAUGGCUCUCACUACUCUGCUCCGGGAUUUGUGUUGUUCUAUCUGGUCAGGAAGUUCCCACAUUACAUGUUGUGCCUUCAGAACGGGAGAUUUGAUCAUCCUGACCGCAUGUUCAACAGCAUUCCGGAUGUGUGGAAGAAUGUAAUGACCAAUAUGUCCGACUUCAAGGAGCUGAUUCCAGCGUUCUACGAUACUGAACAAGCAGGUGACUUCUUGGUGAACGGGCAUGGAGUAAACUUUGGCUAUCGCCACGACGGGACCAAGAUUGGCGACGUCCAACUUCCACGGUGGGCGGAUGGUCCUGAAGACUUUGUGAAGAAACACCGUGAAGCUCUGGAAUCCGAAUGUGUUUCAAAGAAUUUGAAUCAUUGGAUAGAUUUGAUAUUUGGUUACAAGCAGACUGGAGAUGAAGCUCGAAAAGCAGAUAAUUUGUUCUACUACCUGUGCUACGAGGGGGCAGUGGACCUGGACAGCAUCAAGGAUCUCAACCAGAGACACGCCCUGGAGGUCCAGAUUAUGGAGUUUGGCCAGAUCCCCAAGCAGGUCUUCACGCUGCCCCACCCUCAGAGGCUGACAGGCGUUCCCCCCUGUCCCUCCGCGAGUGCUGGCCGGGCAGCCGAGAGCGAUGAAAUUGACCAUACAUGUGGUGGCCGUGUGCUCAGCUGGAGACGCACGGAAACCCUGGCCGUGUCCAGCUCGCACCAGGCCCACCGAGAGGCGGUGACGGGCUGCGCCGUCGCCGGCAAUCUGCAGUUUGUGGUUUCCGUGGGUCGCGACUCCGUGCUCAAGACGUAUCACGUCAAAGAGAGGCGUCAGAUGCGCAGUGUUACCUUGUCUAGCAUGGCUCUGUCGUCAUGUAUCGUUCUUCCCGACGACGCCACCCUCGUCGUGGGCUGCUGGGACAACAACAUCGUGUUGUACAACCUGGAGUUUGGGCGCGUCACGGACUCUGUGCGGGCGCACGAGGACGCCGUCUCGUGCCUGGCGUGGGGCGCCGCCAAGAGGCUGCUGGCGUCGGGGUCGUGGGACUGCUCCGUGCGGGUGUGGCAGGGCGUGGCGGAGGGCAGGAGGCUCAGGCCCGCCACCUCGCUGCUGGCCCAGUUGGAGCACGACUCGCACAUCACCUGCCUCGCGCUCGACAGAGGCUGUGACCGUCUUGUGUCGGGUACUGAGGAUGGCGAUAUGUUCGUGUGGUCGCUGGAAACCAACACACUGUUACAACAACUAGCAGGUCACAGCGGUUCCGUGCACGGGGUGGACUUCAGCCCGAACAGUAAUAAGUUGGUCUCCUGUGGCGCGGACAGCAACUUCAGAGUACUGGAUCUCACUACAGGCAUGCUGGUUUACAAGAAGACCUUGGAUGAAGAACUAAGGUGUCUGUGCUGGGAUGGCUUCACCUUGCUGCUUGGAGGAAGCUCGGGCAGCCUCUACGUGUGGGACCUUCUGCUUGUGGAAAUGAAGAAGCAGAUACAAGCUCACAAAGGUGCUGUACUUGCAGUUUCUGCGUCGAGAGAUGGUUCCAUUGUGGUAACAGGGGGUGAAGAUCGUUGCGUUAUGGUGUGGCAACCCACAUAUUUCACAUGAACCGUCAUUCCUGUUGUUAUUUCAUCUGUGAUAUUGUCAUGUUAUUGUUUAGGAUAUGAUGACUUGAAUUUGUAAGUUUACAUCAUUGCACAGAGAUUUCGUUUAUACAUCCACAAUUACUGCAAAUAAUUGUACAUAGAUUGUUAGAAUCAGUUUUUGCUGUUCUUAUAAUAGCAUGUUUUUUACAUAUUGUUGCUAUAAGUUUUAAAAAAAACUUUAAAAGAGGUUUUUAACCAUUUUUAAAAGCUUUAUUUAAUUGUUUGUGUAUAUUGAAAUUUAUAUUAACUUGUGUUAUAAUAUAGCUAUUCAGCUUUCUAUAGUGAAUGAUUAUUUGUAACAUUAAUUAAUGUGAAGUAUUUUACAUUCCAUACCAAAGCAGUAUGAGUUAUUGUUAUGUUAUUAAAAAUUUCUAAGAAAAUCAAGUAUUCUGUCAUUUUUACUGUUGCAUUGAAAAUAAAAGUGUUUUAUAACUUUUCAUAUGCAUUAGAGGAAACUCAAAGAUAUGAACCUAUUAAUGGUUUAAUAAAUCAUAAAUAAAAAUGGCAGGAUUAAUUCAUAUCUCUAAAAGCAUUUUUAGUAAUGCAACUUAAGAAACAUCUAUAUGACAGGCAUUUAUGUUAAGUGUUCAUCAAUCUGAAUAUUUUGUGAAAUUAAAAUGCUUUACAAAUUA